GUGUGGGACAUAGCUGCUAGUCCACGUUACGUUACUUGGUAGCACACAUUCAGCGAAGUCUGGACUCCGUCAACGGACGCAGGCUCGUGCACAUGAAAGCCGGCGUUACCGAAAAGGAAGCUAAUUGUUGUUAUUAUCUCUGUUAGCUAGACAUACCCUAUGAAGAUGUCUCCUCACUUCAUGGCCUAUUUUUACUAUGUAGCAGCAUGCUACCCACAACCUAUCCUGCCAAGACAGUAGCCCUGUUGUUGUUCAGUAGACAUACUAUUCCACUUUAAAUCAUGGAGGAGGGAGGCAUGGCGUAUCGGACAAGAGCGCGCGCAAGAAGCGCGACGCCAGUCCCGCCAACUAGCAUUGCAAAGCAGCCUGUACGCGCGAGGAAAACUCCGACUGCAAAUCAGACAACUGGACGAAAACGGACCGCGUCAGUAGCUGAGCUGGCAAGGACAGCGCCAUGUGAUGACACCGGACUAGGGCUGCGUCUUACCGGCAACCAAGGCCGCAUCCCUGAUAUCCCGCACUCUUCUGGUAUCGAUGACGAGUCUAAAGUUUCGGACCACGAAGAGGAUGACGACGAGAUUCUGGAAUGCACCGCCUUGCCAACUGUCGCUGGGGUACCCAGCCACCGUGCAGCGUCCCCUCAACUAGCUCCUUCCGGCGAUAGUGACGUUGUCGUCGUGGAGGAGGCAUCUCAGCCUGAAAUUGACGACGAUGUUGUGCUGGCCGAUUCCCCGAACAAGCGGCCUCGGACUGCCGAGCACGGCAGCACGGACGGCAGCGAUUGUGAUGACCUGGGGGACGAUGAGGACCUUCGGGUGACAGGGGCCACGGGGCAGGUGGUGAACCGCGACCUGCCGCAUCUGCGACCCGACUGCGCGGAUCGCCCCUUCAUGAGGGAAGGUGCAACCAGCAACGGCGCGCAUUGCGGAAACUGCUUCUGCUACGUGUGCGACGUGGAGGCGUCCAAGUGCGAGUUCUGGGGCACGGGCUCCCGAGAACGCGACCACGCCAACGCCCAUAACGCCAACCCCAUCUGGAGGAAGCUCCGUGACGGCCGCAGCGACAAGGACAAGCUCCGCAAGGCGUUCCUGCUCGAGGGGCCACUGAGCGUGCCCCGUCGCCGGUCGGAAGCUGUAGCACUCGGGCCCAUUGUGCUGGAUGACGACCAGAAUGCGGCAGUGGGGCUAGCAGGGUCCCCGUCGCAGCAGCAGCAGCAGCAGCUCCACGGGGGCGAGGCAGCAGCCGGGCACCGGUACGCAUUGAGGUCCCGUGCCCGCAGGGCCGAGCCGGCGGGUCAGCGAGCGGUUACACCGGCCAGCGAGAGUGACGGCGGCAGCAGGAGCACCGGUAGCAGCAGUGACGGAGGUGCUGACAGUGACGACGACUUUGUUGUGAGCGUUGUUGAUCGAGCGACGCGGCAGCGCACUCGGCAGCGCAGCGCGUCACCACAGCGGCAGCAGGGUAGCGGCAACGUGCGCUCGACGGCCGCCCGUGGCCCUCCUUGCACUGCCGCCGGGACUGCCGCCGCCGCAGCAGCUCCCAUCUACACAGGUGCCUAUGGCACAGCGGACCCUGCCCCUGCACCCGCACCCGCCCGCAAGCGCGGCUUGUCGGCUCCUCCAACCGGCCCCGCGUUGCAGCGCAUCCAACCGGUGCUCGCCACGGUGUUCCCCAACGCCAAUGCAAUGAUCAUGGCGUGCAACAAGGCGUACGCGUCGUACAGGCUGCCCCUGGAUGUGUUGCGAUCGUACGUCGCUCGUCAGGGACGCCCGCACGGUUUCGAAGUACUGGAGCACUGGCUCAACCUCACCAUGGAGGUGCGCAUCAGCUACCAGGGCGAGAGCUUCACCGCCAGCUACCGGUUCAGCUCUGGCGUGAGGGCGAAGGACGCCAAGCAGCUGGCCGGGGCUGCCUGCCUGGAGAAGUUGCUUGUGGAGAAGGACGUGCGGUGGAGCGAGCUCUACCCCGCACCCCCGGGCUACAAGCAAGUGCAGGAGGUGAGGCGCGCUGAGGCCUCGAUCAGCAAGGCGGCAGAGCAGGCGGCGGCAGAGCAGGCAGCUGCAGGACAGGCGGUGGCAGGACAGGCGGUGGCAGGGCAGGCGGUGGCAGGGCAGGCGGUGGCAGGGCAGGCGAUGGCAGGGCAGGCGGUGGCAGGGCAGGCGGUGGCAGGGCAGGCGGCGGCAGGGCAGGCGGUGGCAGGGCAGGCGGUGGCAGGGCAGGCGGCGGCAGGGCAGGCGGUGGCAGGGCAGGCAGCGGCAGGACAGACAGCGGCAGGACAGGCAGCGGCAGGGCAGGCAGCGGCAGGGCAGGCAGCGGCAGGACAGGCAGCGGCAGGGCAGGCGGUGGCAGGGCAGGCAGCACUGGCUCGGGCGCAGGCAGGCGCGUCCACAUCCGGGCGGGCGGCGCCCCCUCAGUCGCCCAGGGCAGCGGCGGCACCGUGGCAGGGGCGUUCCGGGCAGCAUGCACCCGACCGGAGCUCGCCCAUGCGGCCGGACCCUAGGCAGGGAGGUCAUGCAGGCCCGGGCUCCUGGUCCGGCAGGGCAGGUGGCGACGGCGACUUCCGGCAGCCCACCGGGUACGGCCACCCCAGCUUCCAGCAGCACCCCGGCCCCUUCAUGCAUGGAUGGGACGGCCGGCCCCCGUAUGGACCACCCCCCUACCCGCACGGCCAGCCGCCCGCGUGGCCGUACAUGCCGCAACAGCAGCCCUACUAUUCGUACUCGUACUCCUACCAGCAGGGUGCAUACCCGCCGGGACAACAGCACCAAUGGAGGUGAUGGCGGGCCGAGAGGUGAAGGUGGGUUUUGGCUUGUAGAUGCAAGGUAGUGAACCGUGCCCGUUGGCUUUGGCCCGACAAGUGGCAUCCUGAAUAAGACCGCUAUACGGGUAUUUGCAUAUGCAUGGAGGCUCGGUGUGGUUCGUAGUGAAAACCAGCAAGAGUAACCUGAGCUUGGGCAAUGUGUCUUGUGGUUAAGUGAAGUGUCGAAACUCGGCCCAUUCCAGUGUAAGGUGUUUAUGAUCUGGGGUUACUUCUUACUUGCACGUUAAGUCGUUAACAUGCAGGGCAUUUUAGCCAACACUGGACUCAGCAGCGAACCGGCCCAGUGGUGAGGAAGGCCAACAGCGCAUUGCGCAGGUACCCGGGCUGCGCAGGAUGGGCUGGGUGUGGGUUGUAGGCAGCUGGGCAGGUGGGCGGGCGCAGCUUGAUGACUGAUGAGUUUCCGCCCUCAGGGAGUAAUGUGCUUAGGCAUACGUGUGCUUAGGCUAUGGCACUGAUGCAGUGGCACCAUGACCAGCCUCCGCAUCCACGGUGUCAUUGCCUGAUGCAGUGCUGGGGUGCAGCACCUUUCUUUUGCUCCGACAGGGUUACCUAUGUUACGGUGGGUUUGGUAGCUAAGGUUAUAUAAUGAACAAGAGAGAGAGCGACGUGUAGACUUGUAUGCUAUAUGGCCUCAGGCGUGGCUGCAUGGGCGGCAGGAUGAUACUCUUUCCUUGAUACGUCGCUGGUUGUGUCGCUAGCCUUCAGGGCGUGACAAUUACAGAGUCAACGUCCUGGUACGGAGAUGCCGUAGGCAUCACUCUUUUCUAGACUUUAGCGUCCAUGCCAGACACGUUUACCGCCAGACUCGCCCUACAUGCUCAUCCGUUACUGGAGAUGUGGCUGCGGUCCUUGGGCGUAUGACGAGUACCGUGUUGACGAUUAAUAGUCUUGGCGGAUGUUGUAAGGUUUUUAAGAACUGUAAGUCUGUUACUAGUGACUCAAAUGUCUGAUUACUCGCGGUGUCCUUGCUGCCAGGAAGUUGCCAACUCUAACGGGGGAAGAUAACACCCCGGUAUCCCCCUUGCCCUGCGGGCCUAGGAUUCCCCAGCGGUGGCUUGCAACCCGGCUUGCCUGGGCCACCGUAUGCAGAUACAAUCGAGCUAGCAGC